UUCUCAUAUAAAUUUAACUUUAUUUUCGUCUUGCUUAUUUUUUAAUUAUUUGCUUUUAAAGGUAAUGGAAACACCAACAAAUAUUUUAAGUCCAUGUCAUAGUCCAAUACUUUUAACCGAAUUUCCACAAUUAAUUCAACGUUUGGACUUGGAAAAACAAUUCGAAUAUCAGAAAAGAUUAAAUGAUCAAAACAACAUUAUUUUUGUGGAAAAUGAUAAAAUUGAAAAGAAAAUACGUUCAUCUAGAACAGGGCAAAGCGAAUACUCUAAUAAUAAUAUUCUUCCUUCAACAACCUGCUCCCAACCAUUUUUGCAACAAACAUUAAUAACAAAUAAUAACAAACGUCGACAUGAUUCUGAAUGUAAAAGAAAUUUCAAAAAUAAAUUAUUAAAUAAUAAUAAAAGAUUAAAAGAAGAAGAAGAAGCUUUAAUUAAAUUUUCCCCCUCUUUAAUACAACAACGACAACAAAUAAAUUUAUCUAAUCCUCUUUCAAUGUCUAGUAAUUCAACUCCCGUUUUUACUCAACAACCUUCUAAUUCUGGUAAUGUUUAA